AUGGUGAUCGCUCUGAUGACACCUCCUCACGCGUGGCCCACGACGCAAGCGAACUCUGUGCUGCUGGCAGAGCAGACGAGCGACUGGAGGAAGCGGCAGCUCCAGAGCAGUUGCAGUCCGGCGGUCGUCCGGUCCCACACGUCGACAACCAUUGCAACGUCGCCGUGUUUGCCAUCGCUGGGCAACAUCAGUCCCGCCAACACGACAACGACCGCCCGGUUUCCCGUCUUGAGGACGCCCAACGUCCUGAACCCGCUCAAACUCGAGUACUGCAGCUUCCGCGGCUGUGCCAACUUCAGCAAAAUGCAGGGGUACUGCCACGACCAUAUCCACGGUCAACCCGCUCCCCACUCGAACCAGACGUCGUUCGUGCCACCCAACACGAACCCGCACCAGCACCUUCCGGGCCUCGGCCUUCCGUCGCCAGGGACGACGCAGUUGCCGUACCUACCGGCGCUGCAAACGGUUGUACCCACGCAGACGCAAGUAGCACCGCAAGGCCGUCCGUCCCUCGGCGUGUCGGGGUACCCGAGCUACAGCAGCCCCCUGUACACGCCUACCCCAGCGCCGCCGCCCACGAAACGGUCGCCAAUGUUUGCCGAGCAAACGACCUACUUGUCGGCUCCCGUGACCAAGCGACCCCGCGUCGUGGCAAGUCCUGCCUUGUCGACCGCUGGCAUGGGCAGCUACCGACCCAUCACGCAGUGCCGUCGGGAGGGCUGCCAUAAAGACGCGCGGCGCAAAGGCCUGUGCAUGGAACACGGCGGCCGCCACUUUUGCAAGAUGACGGGAUGCCAGAAGUGCGCCCACCGCGGGGGGUUCUGCAUCUCCCACGGCGGCGGCCGUCGCUGUGCAGUGGCCAACUGCGCAAAGAGCGCCCAGUCGGGGGGUAUCUGCUACUCGCACGGAGGGGGCAAGCGGUGCGGCACGGCGGGCUGUACCCACGCGGCUCGCAGUGGCGGCUUUUGCAUCAAACACGGCAAGCAGCAGCAACAGCAACAGCCGCCACAACAGCCAUUAAAGCGACGUGUCUCGCGGUGGUAA